CAGACUGAUGAGGAGGAGAGAGCUGCUCUCUCUCUCUCUUAAUACUUAUCCCCCUCCUCCUCUGCCAUCCUCGCCAAUCGCCAUAGCCAACCUCCCUCCACCCCUCAACCCUAAAAACCUGAACGGAAUCCACUUCUCGGCCCCCCACAGCAGGCGCCUGCCAGGUGUUUGAGGUGGGGUUGCCAUGGAGCCACCAGUCAAGGAGGAUGCCAUACGCCUCGACUCCAAAGAUUUCUAUGGUUGCAAGUUUGAAAAGUUUGCUCGUUCUGUUGACAACCGGCUGCUCGUCCGUUCUAAUUCAGACCUGCACACAUUCAAGCUGCGUUGGGACAAGAAUCAUUCCGACAGCCAAGCUGUAAGAAGGUGGAUCAAGUAUGCAGUGAAUCAUAACGUGAAAGUUCUCAAUGUGAUCCUUCAUGAUUAUGACGAGAGUGAAUUGCCUCCUGCCAUCUUCACCUGCCAUUCACUCCAGGAGCUGAAUUUGCAGUUGGGGGUAACUCCUGAAGCUGUGUUCGGUUGAGAGGGAUUUGAAGGGGGUUUGGCAGGGAUUGAAGUGGAUUUAAUCCCCUACAAGUAAAAACCUCCCCAAAUCCCCUUCAAUCCUCUUGUGGAGGGGUGUAACCGAACAAGGCCUGAAGGUGAUUUCGACAAUUAUGGGCAUGUAAUGCCAUGUGGAAUCAACCUUCCUUCCCUCGGGAAGUUGACUCUGAGUGAUGUGAAAGUAUACCAGGAUUCUCUGGACGCUUUGAUUGCUCACAGCCCUCACCUGGAAGACAUUCAUUUGAUACAGCCUGCCAUGUUUCUUGACCUCAUAGCCUCCAAGGUGUUAAAAAGGCUGACCAUUGAUGGCUACAUAGAUCCACACAAGGGUUUUACAAUUUCUGCUCCUCAUCUGGUAAGCUUUGAGUGCACGGAUUACCAACUGGAAGAUAUUUCUUGGAGAGACCAGCCAACUCUAGAGAGUGCACACAUUGAUACUUGUGGGAGUACGUUUGAUGGCGAAACUAAGUAUACCGAAAUGCUUCUGCAUGCCAAUAAACUUGCCUUAUUUGGUCUCGACAUAAAGGUUAUGCUGGACAAUGAGUUGCCAACAUGCUCAGCAUUUCAGAGCCUCACAAGUCUGGAAAUCGGAGGAUGGCAUCUGGCUGAGGACCUAUACGCCGUGCUCCGCCUCCUUAAGCUUUCACCAAGGCUAGAAAAGCUCAAACUGGUGCAUGACUCGGGUAAAGGAGCGGGCGCGGAUGCUCAGCCAACAAACGGAAUGACCUUCGGGUGCCGGCUUCUUCACAGCGUGACGAUACAAUGCACCAACGGCGACGAAGGGGUUGACAAGCUGGUGAGUGUUGUGGUGGCGAACGGGGUCAGCCUGUACAAGAUACAUGUCACCAUGACUUACCGUGAGUAUAUCGAGAAGAGGGCCUCUGAGCUAGAGGAUAAGGCGUCCGUCGCUGAGGAACCGGCGAAGAAGGUGAGACUUUGCUGAUCAUCUGCAAGAAGAUGGCGAACUCCAGAGACCAUGGAGACACGCUGCUGAUCAUUUGAGCUGAGCAGGAUGGCAUCCACAAAUCACAAGCACGAACCGUGAUGAUUUUGAGAGCUGUUUACUGAGCCAUCCUCCUGCCUUGUGUCUCUGGCCUUUCCUUUUGUUCUGAGACUCCUACUGACGGAUUGUGUCUGUAUAUAUGCUCUACUGAUUUACAACUUGUCUAGUUGCACUGGUCACUGGUGUAGCGCAUGGUUUGGACUGUUUCGCAUCGCAUCACCUGGACAGCAUGUUUUCUCUAUGUCGC